CCAGAAAGCUGGGUGGAUAGGGCCAGAUGGGUGCUUGUUUCCGGGUGGAAACAGAUGGUGUCUGCAACUCUGAGAAGCCACUCUUCUCCUGUGGACUCAGCCUCAGGCCUGGCCACAGUGCGGGGACCUGCCACCCCCAGCCCCCCAAAGGUGCCCCGAGGUUUCCGUGAGCAUGGCAGGAGCUGCUGUUGAUCUGAGCACAGGAGACAACCUGGAGAAAACGAUCCUACGGGUACUGAGUGAAGCCGGCAGCCCUGUGAAGAUCGCCAAGCUGGUAAAGGAGUGCCAAGUGCCCAAGAAAACACUCAACCAAGUCCUUUACCGCCUGAAGAAGGAGGGCCAAGUGCACUCCCCAGCCCCUGCAACAUGGUGCUUAGGCGGGGAUGCUCCUGGAGAUGAGGCCCUUGCAAUCCCUAAGGACCCCACUGCCCAGCCUAGCCUCGGUAAUCUGUCAUCUGGGGACAAAGCGGACUCCCCUCAAGAGCCAUCUCAACAGUGGGCAAGUCCAGAUGAAAGGAUCUUCAGAUUCCUGGAGACCAGCGGGCCUCACAGGGCCCUGCACAUCGCCAAGGCUCUGGGAAUGAACACGGCCAAAGAGGUGAACCCACACCUGUACGCCAUGAGGAGCAGGCACCUUCUGAGCUACGAUGGGAACACAUGGAUGAUCUACAACUCAGGUCGGAAAGUUCAAGAGCUAGCUCAUCCUGGAGCGAAACAAGAGUCCGCUGUGAUUAUUUACCAGCAGAAUCCGACCAAUGUGAUCUCCCAGCAAGGAACCAACAACCACAUCUCCAUCGCUGAGUCAAAAGCCAUCCAGAUCGGCCAUGGGAAUAGCAUGCUAAGGCAGCUAGCCUGUGAUCAAAGCGGCCCCAGGCCCCGCCAUCCUCUCUCGCUACCUGUGCCAGAGGACCCCUCUUCUCAGGACACCCCAGCUGGUGCCUGGGGAGCUCAGCUCAUCCAUAUGGAGAAAUCCAUGCUCAGGCGUGUGCAGCUGGGCCACGGCAAUGAGAUGACCCUCCCGGAGGACCCAGUGGAACACACUGCUUAUAGCUUUAGUGGCAGCCCCCCAGUCUCAGCCGCCUCUGCUGACCCAGGGGCUUCAUUCAACAUGCAGUCGCCUGAGCCAGGCCCUCCUCACCCUGACGCAGACACAGCCCAGAAAGUCCUCAUCAAAUCCUGCUUGCUGGUGGACGCCACCAUCGGCAACAGCAACAAGAUGACCGUCCACGCUACUUCAGAGGGUGGGGUCGUGGAGCCUGGAGGCAGCGAAGAGCCGAAGGGAGGCACAGACACAAGCUCUAACGCCAUGCCCGGCGGAAGCUGCUUCAUCAACCCCAGCAGCUCAAGACUCCUCACUUCUGAGCUGGGAACUAUGACUCUGGGAGACAGCGGCCCCCAGACCACAGAACCUGUGCUGAGGGAGGAUGGAGCCCCCGGCCAGAAAGCGAUGCAGCCAUGAGACCGUGGGCUGACACCUCUGCCACCAUGAGCCAAAACAACCUUUCCUGCCUCAAGAUCAACCAAUCAAUCAAUCGUAUGAGCCAGCUCUACCACUCCUGGGUAUUCACCAGAAGGGACAAGUCAACACAGCGUACAGAUAUCAGCCCAUCCGUGUUGACUGUGUCCUGUUCACGGCAGCUGAGAAACGGAGCCAGCCUUGCUGUCUGCCAACAGAGGCUGGGUAGAGGAAAUUCGGAGUAUGCAUACAGCCACACAAAAUCAUGAUGUUGUGUCAUAUGCUGGAAAGUGAAUGCGACCAGAGACCGCCAUGCUAAGUGAAUAAAAUCACCUCAGGAAAAAAAUAA